ACGUUUGGAAAGUGCCUCAUUAAAUACCUAUAAAAUGCGAGUGUUAUUAAUGCUUGUGCUAAUUGAGACCAAUUAUGGCAGAGAACAAUUGUCGCAUUGCACUUCAUCAAAUGAAAUCGAAACACAAUGCGGAACGUAUUGCUAUAAGAUAGUGCAGCCUCUGCUGCAGCACGCAGUCGAGGUGUACUCCAAGGAACAGCAAUUUGUGGAGCUACAGAAUAAGAUCCAUGAACUAGAGCGGACUAUAAUAAAUAUGACUGUUCAGCAAGCACAACAUGCCAUGAAGGACGAUUUGAUAGCAACAAAAAACGAGCUAAUUAAUCAAUUGCAAUUGAAUGUGCUCGAAAAGGAGGCACAAAUAACGAAAUUAAAAAACCAAAAUUCCGAUCAAGUCAUUUUGAGAAACCUGACAACUGAGCAAGAAACGCUGCGAACAUUGGUUAACAAUAAAGUUGAAAUCAUUGAGAGCAAGGAAAAACAAUUGACAGAUCAAAGCAAAUUAAUUGAAACGCUGCAAAAGAGUAAUGAACAUUUGUUGGAUAUGUUAAAAGCUGAAAAUAAUACGUUAAGCUAUGAAAGUAAGAAGAAGAAUGAGGAAAUUGCAAGCCUGCAAUCCGAAGUGUCUGAACUAGAGAAGCAAGUAAGUGAUCUAAAGACCCAGCUUAAAACUGAGAAACCUCAAGCAACAAGGCCGGAGACUAAAUCUCUCAAGGACCCACUCUCAGAUGACUCCACGAAGCUUUGCGAUGCCAGCCACACAGCGCCAGGCUGGAUCGUUGUGCAGAGACGCCUGAAUGGCAGUGUUAGCUUCCAUAGGGGCUGAAGAGAUUAUGGUAAGGGAUUUGGCAAUGCGGCAGUAGAUUUUCACACCUGACAAAGACAGUGCUCAGAGCUGUGCUACGUUGUCUUCGUCAGGUUGGUGGUUUAACAAACGUUGCUUUGACAGGUAAAGCAUUUAAAGGAUAUGUUUUACUAAAACAGUUUUCACUGUUUUUCCUCGAUUUCGUUUCUCAGUAAUCCCAAUUCACCAUUUGGGCAUUUUGAUGAUGGCAUUGGCAAUUAUGUUAACUACAAACUCAUUUUAAUGAUGAUAAAGCCGACUGCUUUAAAGAUUUAAUCAUAGCGCUACAUUUAUUAUAAGAGUACUCUAUUUUUUGGUUGGUCGAAAUUGAAUUAAUAAUGUAAAUUUAACCUGGAUAUAUACAUAUAUAGUUCUGGCAAUAAUGUGCUUUGCAACCCUUUGGUAUACCUUGAACCUAUUUAAAGUAAAAUGCAAAUGUAUGUAACAGGCAGUAGGAAGCAUCCCUGACUCUGUAAAGUGGUUUUGCUCUCGGUCAGCAUCUGCAGUGUGUCCGACCGUAUGUUGAUAUAAGACAUUAUCCUUGUUUCUGUGUAGUACGAGAAUGUUUCCGAUAAUCAAUAUAUUUAGCAAAUAUUUUGGGUUGCAAGGCUAGGGCCAGCAAAUUUGACAAGCAACUUCGAGAAUAAUAUAUACAGAUUUAUUACCUAUUUUAUUAUUAUUAUUGGCUUUAAAAAGUAGUUGGGCGAAGCUUAUACAUUGGAACAUUGCCAAGGAUUAAAUUAAUAUUUGAAUAUGAAACAUGUGUAUAAAUCGUAUUUUACUCACC